CGAAAGUAUACUUCGGAAAUGAAAUGUACAUAAAAGAUAUACGUUUUGCUUGCUGAUGGAAAAUAAUGAAGAGAAAAUUAAACAAAAGCUUUGUGACUUUUUUUUAUUACAAUUUAUUUCCAAUUCAUCAAUUGCCAUGUUUGUGUUAUAAUAUCGAUGUCAUUCUUUUAUUAAAAAAUGAGUAAUGGAAACAUCUGCCUACUUCUUUGGAUAGAAAGUCCCCAAGCGGGACAAACAUCAGCCAAUAUACGUUUUCGAUUUUUAGCCAAAAAGACUCAAAAUUCCAAGUAACAGUUUAAAAGCGUUCCAACUAAUAGAUAUUAACAUUUUAUUUAACUAUCAAACUAAAUGAAAAAUUCGUAUCAUGGUGUAUUAUUAAAUUAUUGAAAAUGGAGGACGAUGUUAACGGUAAAAAACGAAAGUUGGAAAACAAAGGGCAGGUCACUAAUUUUAACAGUAAUACCUUAAUGACAAGUAAUGUAGAUGAAGAAUAUUUACAAGAGCAGAAUGAACAAAAUGAUCAACCAAAAAUGAAGAAACAAAAGGUAGAACACCAGGGAAGUAGCCUAGGAUUGUCUUCUAACGAUAUAUCCGCCAGAGAACCAGAAACGGACUUCUCUAAGCAAAACCUUUUAAAAGAAGCGGAAAAACUGACAAACGAGUUAGAAGCAAAUGGUCCAGCAGGACUUGUACACUUACUAGCUUUAUGUAGGCUAAUUGAACGACCCGUCAAAGUCCUGAUCCCAGAAGACCAGGAUCUUGUAAUUGACGAACAAAAUACCAAGGAACCUGUUAAUGUAGAAUAUCUUCCACCAGAACCAGGGGGAUCAAGCGGGCACUGGGUUUCACCGGGAAGGCAUUUGAGCAAUAACUGUCUUUUUGAUGUAGUAGCAUGCCAAACGGAAAAAUCGUCUAACGAUCUUAGAAAAGCCACCGUACAAUGGAUGAGAGCCAAUUUAAUCACAGUCGCUGAAUUCAUUGCAGUAAUUGAGGAAUUACAACGCACGCAAAAUAUUCAGGUGAUGACAGGCGGUGCAAAAUAUAACGGUAGCUCUAAAAGAGAUGCGAAAAAAGUUAUAGAUAAUUCCCAAAAUCAGCCUUGCCACGCACAUAAUGCUACAGGUCAUCCGCGAGGUCACGCAUCGCAUCCUGAUGCGACUGGUCAAAAUGAUAGCGUGGAAAAUUAUUCUAUGAAUGGCUGGAAAACAGGUUUUUUGUCAAGAAACGAUCAGGACUUUGUUGGGCAUUACGUCUUAAGUACCCCAAAAGUACAAAGAGCUAUUCAGGAAUUGAAUAAAGGUGCUAUCAAUCAGGCGGUUGAUGUAUUUCCCGAAGAAUUAGAUAUAGAAUUACCGAAAUUAAAAGAAUAUCGUCAAGGUGUAGCAAUCAGCGCACCACAAACUAUUAGGUCAUUUACGAUUGUUUUGCGCCACCACGAAGGCAAAUUUCACAACAAAGACGCCGAUGUUUUUGUCCACACGUUUUAUCCGCGCAAAUAGAAUAUUUUUAUACAUUUUAUACAA